UCGUUUCGAUUUCUGUUUUCUGUCGAUUUCCAUGAGAGGAUAAACCGGGUGACCCACAAAAUAAACAGAAUAUCCUAUAUCUUUGAAUGAUUUCAGGUCAACAAGCACAAUGUCACACAAACCCACACCAUACAGCCCAAACUUUCCACCUGGGCAAGGCUAUGAACCCCCUGCAGAAGGUGGCAAACAUAAUGAAAGUUAUCCUAUGAACCCCCAUGGAGAUUAUCCAGGACCUCCCCAUCAUCAGAUGCCACACCCUGGCCCCACAUUGCCUCCAGGUGCCCAGCCUUUACCAGGAAUGCAUCAUGGUUUCCAACCAGGAUUCCAACCUGGAUUUCAACCAGGCUUUCAAACUGGCUUUGCACCUGGAUAUCCUCAUCCUCAGUCAGGAUAUCCUGCACCAGUUAUGCAGCAGCCAGCACCACAAGGUCCUCCAGGUGGUUGGAUGACUAUUCCUCGCGGGCUGAGCAAUUGUCCGCCAGGUUUGGAAUACCUGUCUAUGAUUGAUCAGUUGCUUGUGCAUCAGAAGAUUGAACUGAUGGAAGCUUUUGUUGGAUUUGAAACCAAUAACAAAUACACAGUUAAGAACAAUGUCGGACAAAAAGUGUAUUACGCAAUUGAAGACAAUGAUUGCUGCACUCGUAACUGCUGCGGCCCAAUGAGACCGUUUGAAAUGAAAAUCAUGGAUAACUUCAGCAAUGAGGUUAUUCAUCUGCAUCGUCCUUUAGCAUGUGACUCUUGCUUCUGUCCAUGCUGGCUGCAGAGCAUGGAAGUGACAGCGCCGCCAGGGACAGUCAUCGGCUCUAUUGAACAGGAGUGGUCCAUCUGUAAACCAUGCUAUGUAAUAAAAAAUGCAUCGGGUGAUGUCGUUCUGAGAAUCAAAGGACCCUGUUGUACUUUUUCCAUUUGUGGAGAAGUUGAAUUCAAUGUGUACUCCAGAGAUGGUGAUACAAAAGUGGGAAAGAUAACGAAGCAGUGGUCAGGACUCGCGCGCGAAAUGUUCACAGACUCUGACUACUUCGGUAUAACAUUUCCUAUGGACCUAGAUGUGAGGAUAAAGGCGGUCCUGUUAGGUGCAUGUUUCUUGAUUGAUUUCAUGUUUUUUGAGAAGACAAGGAACCACAAUGAGUAACAUCAUAACUAUAAUCAGCAUUUAUACAAUUCGUCUGAUAAUAUUAGAUAUAUUGAGUUUAUUAGCUUUAUAAAGGCAUAUUGUAAUCUUGUAUUGGAUCUCGUAACUUUUUCGAUCUGUUUACAUCGUUAUAUUAUUAAUUAAGACAAGUAGGAAAGCAUAAACA